AUGGACGACUCAUCACACCAAGAGGAGAACCCUCAAGUUCUGGGGAGUCUUCCUCCAGGGAGUCCUCCCCGACCCCAAGAGCCUCCUCCGUCGACAUCACAGACAGACAGUAGCAUCCUGACCCCAGGCAUCUUCCACAUCUCUCCUGAUGGAGGAGAAGAAGGAGGGGAUCUGGACAAGGGUGAAGAAGGCAAUGCCCUCAGUGAUCUCAAAAGGAUCCGCCCCCAAGACCUCCUCGACGGCAUCCUGAUGGCAGAAGAAAACGCUGAGCUUGGAGUCAGGUGGCAUGAUGUCUAUACCGCAACCGGCUCCCCAAGAAACUUCCACGGAGACGACCUUGCGGAAGAUAGUGGAGAGCUCAGCCUUGGGGCCUCCGCUGUGACUACCGCCGGUCCAGUUCCAGCAGUCCCCGCUAACAGGAGAGCUGCGCCAGAUAGUGGAGGAGAGCGGACGGGGAUCCCUGUGGCGUGGUACCCCUCAACAAGUUGGGUCUUCACCGGGGAAGAAACUUCUAUGGCCCGAGAUGAGAAACAAACCCCUGGGCCCAAGGACACCCCAAUCUCAUGGACCGUUGCCCUCCCCACCGAAACAGAGCAGCGUAUCUGGGACGCCAUCGAGGCGUACAACCCGGAUGCUAACCCCGAUACAGACACAGCAAGUACCAGUGGAACAUCCAUCAGCACAGAUCAGAGGGAGGAGAUUGAGUGGACAGAGUACCCAGGAGAUACCAAGGAAGGAAGGGAGAUACUUCACCGAUUGGCAAGAGAUACCUCCACUGACGAACUCCCUGGAGUCCCCCCUUUCACUCCGUCAGUCACGCCAAGAGCGUUCGCUGCCCCACUCCCCUUCAAUCAGCGACCGUGGACUGAGGAGUACAACAUGCUCGUCGAGUCCAACUUCAAUGUUCGAACUGCCAGGCUCACCCCAGAAGGAGCGGCCAGAAUGGACAGAGCUCGAACGAGCAGCACACGGAGUCGAAACACAGAGCGAAGGGCCCUCAGAGAUGCCCAUGAGUAUCUCCCCCUCGAGCCAGAUGCAACAGACCAGGAGGCGUUCAGAAGGAUCGGAGCGGCGGAGCUACGCUUCCACCAAGCCUUACAGCGUACCAGCGACAAGAGAAUCCGGACCAACCUCCGACACUACUUUGAGGGGGAGGUCUUCGAUGAGGACUGCUCUGACCUCUCUGAGUGGAGGAGGAGGUACAAUGCAUGA